UCUGUUUUACUAUAGGUCCUCUUGCAUCGUUCUUAGCCAAACGAUAUGGAUCACGGGUGGUUGUGAUGUCUGGAGGAUUUCUGACUGGUGCAGGGGUGAUGAUGACUGCGUGGGCUAAUGGUGUCGCGAUGGUAGGAGUCGGAGUCGUCUGUUUAACAGGUAUCGGGUCAGCACUGGUUUACAUCGCAACUUUGAUCUUCAUUCGGCACAACUUUCCCGAUUCCCGCUCCUACGCGUUAGCCAAUGGGAUCACCGUAUCGGGUUCUUCACUGGCCGUCUCUGUCUUUGCACCAAUCACACGCGUUCUUUCAGACACUUACAACUGGCGGGGUGCCCUCCUUAUAUCAUCCGCCAUCAUCCUUAACACCAUGGUCUUUGGCGCACUUCUCAGAGACCGGAAGGCCAUACCGAAAGGUAAACCAGAGCGCCUCAAUGACAGUGCAUCCGCAAUCGCACUCAUAGACAAUCAGACCACCUCAUCAAGAGUGACGUUAAACGGUGGUUCGACACCGGUCAAGCAUAGUAUAUCCAACGGCCAUGGAAGUGGACAUCAUCUGGAGAAUGGCAAUGAACAAUAUGCAGAGAGUACCUUGAUGACCAGUUUUGACGGAAGUGAAGCUCAUGAGAUGACAGAGAGCUUCGAACACCAUGAACACAUCCAACCGGAAGUUGUUCAAAGGACAAAAGAACCCAUCCUGGCGGAUGUACCUACGACCAUUCUCCAUGGUCUUCUUCUCUUCGUUAUAUUUCUUUCUACCUCAUCUUAUUCUGCCGUCUUCGUGUAUCUGGCAGCUGCAGGUACGGAGAGGGGUCUCACACCUAUAGAAUCAGCCGGUCUCCUCUCGGCGACGGGGAUCUCACAGGCCGUUGUCCGGUUCGGUCACGGUUUCCUGGUGACGGUGGGCUGCAUCAAACCCCUUCCCCUCUACAUCAUAGUGCAAUUUAUCAUGACUAUCGGAAUUCUUGUUCUUGGAGUCUUUCAACAAUACAGCGUAGGCUGUUUUGCAGCCGUUUUGUUUGGCAUUGGGACUGGAAGUGUAAGGUCUCUCAAUGUAGUUGUCCAGAAAGAAGUGGACAGAAGGGCUGGAUCCACUGCUCUUGGUAUCGUGGGACUGGUCAGCGAGGUGGCUGCAGCGGUCGGAGGACUCUUUGCAGGGUAUCGGGACAUCGGUGAACCACGUGGUUAUCUCACCGAAGCUUUGAACAUUGGUCAGGAACGCAGCUGA